CGCAAUCUCACACCAAAAAAGUAAGAAAAAAAAGUCUGGGCAUUCUUAGAUUGGCAUAGCUGAAGUUCCUAUCAGUUAUCAGCUAAGCCUACUAUGUAUCUAAUCAGCUCAGCGGGAUCCGUUACAAUGACCAGCUCUUUACUACUAGUAGUACGGCAUAGUAGUUGAUUGUGGGGAAUUUCAACAUUGAACCCCUACCAUAUUGUCAGAUAUGUAGGUUGAAUGACCGAUCUCACCUUAUUACCAUUAAAAGUGCCAAGAUUAGUUGCUACUAUGCGCUUUACAUACUUUCCGCCUGCUCCGCGCUGUUUUCUCCCUUGAUAAAUGUAGCAUACCUACCAUACACAUCUUCCAUACACAUCUUACUUACCUAACUUCUCUCCUCAACCAAUAACAACCAUUACCUCCCACAUGUGAAAGUCGAAAAAGCUGAACUAUCCUCUCUUUUUUGCCAUUGUACAGCAAGCAUUUCUAGGAACCAAUCUUUGACAAGCAUCGUCCCUCCGUGGCCCAAUACUAACCUUGGUUGCCAAUCAGCUAGAUAAUCGCCCUGUACAUCGUCGAGGGGUAACGCUUAUUCCCUGCAAAACGGCGUCUGACAACGUAGAACAACUGCCCAAGCACUUGGCUUAUUAGUUGGCAGUCAACACUUUACUAGUUUAUAUACAGCAUACGGCCUACAUUCCUAACCUCUCACUACCUCCACCAUGUCUUGCGCCUCUUCGUUCGCCUUUGGAGCUCACCCAGAUCACUCUGGUGCUAGAACUUCCGCUACGGCUGACCCGGAUACCCGACCUCUUCGACAUAGACGGCACUCCUCCUUUAUGCCUCGGAGAAGACACUCCAUAGUUCAGCAGAUCAUGGACGGGGAAGAAGGCUUGCUAUUGAAGGUGGACUUGUUCCUUUCAGAACUAGAGAGGAGACUGGAGUACCUUGAGGGGUGUGGCGACCUUAUCGACCUCGAUGCUAGUAUAUCUAAGACAUUUGCCACUUUGCAAGCAGUACGGGAACGAUGCUCGCAUGUGUCGGAAGAAGUCAUUGGUGCUGGACGCCGGCGACUGCAGAUUAUGGUCGAAACCUUGGAGACGAGAUACCACGAAGCGCUGGACGCUGCUGGAUCGAUGAACGACAAAGCUCGGCUUGGUGUCGAGCUCCUAGACGGGAUGCUCACAGACUUCGAGACUAGAGCCCUAAAGUUCAAAGAUCAAGGGUUUGCGAAUGCCGCAGAUGCUGCAGGGAGCUUCAUGGACGAAGGUCGAAGGGUUGUAGACGAGAGUUUAGAGCGGGCUCGUGGAGUCAUGGACGAUGGUUUCGUGAGGGCCCGACGCGCUGCUGAAUCUGUCGAGGAACAUGUACAGAGGGCUAUUACACGUGCCAGAGAGAAAGGCCUUAUCAAAUACGAUGAGCUACCCGUGCCCUGGAGGAUCAACCCUCAUAUUCUUGGUGGUUACCGAUUUACGGAGUCCAAGAUCGGUUGUGUCCGCUCAAUGUUCGGCGUCUCGAAUGAGACUGUAAAUAUCUGGUCUCACGCCCUGGGCUUGAUCUUGAUCUUAUCUAUUGCCUUCUAUUUCUAUCCCACAUCAGCAAACUUCUCACUUUACUCGAAGAUGGAUGUUUUCAUUGCUGCAGUAUUUUUCUUUGCGGCUUGCAAGUGCUUGGUCUGCAGUACCAUUUGGCACACAAUGAACUGCGUUGCAGAUCAGACUCUGAUGGAACGCUUCGCCUGCAUAGACUACACCGGUAUCUCGUUGCUCAUUGCGGCUUCCAUUAUGACCACGGAGUACACCGCCUUCUACUGUGAGCCUAUCAGUCGAUGGACAUACAUUACGGCAACUGCUGUAUUGGGAAUUGCUGGCACCAUCCUUCCUUGGCAUCCCAAGUUCAACGCGCAAGAUAUGGCAUGGCUGAGGGUAGGCUUCUUCGUCGGAUUGGGUGCAACAGGUUUUAUGCCAAUUUUCCAAAUUGUUCUGACACGAGGACCGGCUUGGGCACUUGAGUUCUACACUGGUUCUAACCUGCUCAAAUCCCUUUUCGUUUAUGUUCUUGGAGCUUGCAUCUACGCCAGUAAAGUUCCGGAACGAUGGUACCCCGGGGCGUUCGACUACUGCGGCAAUGCGCACAAUUUUUGGCAUCUUGCUGUACUUGGUGGAAUUCUCUAUCAUUAUGUUGCUAUGCAAGAGUUCUUCUCCGGCGCCUUUCAGCGCGCCAAAGAAGGCUGCCCAGCGUAUUAAAAGUAGUCCUUCGACGGAUCUUAGCAAAUAGUGCCCAGUUAUCUACACAACGGUACAAGCCCUUCAACCAUAUAUGGGCUUGCUUUGCUUUUGACCCCGGGUCCUUCAUCCAGUCACGACAGGAUUCACUCCUGCCAACGAUCAUCGACACCCCAGAAUCGUCUCAGACGAACAUGGUCAAAAUGCAGACUAUUCCCACAAUUAACAUCCGCCUAGAUACAGGGUUAACUCGUUUCCUUCCGAAAGACACCUCUACUACAGAUGGUACGGUCGUAUUGGUCUUCGUAUUUAUGUUCGAAAUGGUG